GCCGUUGUUGCUCACUCGCGGUUGGGCGCUGCCUCAGUUAGCAAUCCGUUCAGUUCGUAGGAAGAAGUGGAAGACGACGACGACGACGACGACGACAGGGGAUCGGAUGGGGCUUCGCUCACCUCAUUUAAUGUCUUCAAGCUGGUUUAAGAAGUGCUUCUUGAACGGCGAGACGAAGCGCGGAAAAGGCGCUGCGGAUCAGCAGCAGCAACCAGCAGAGGAGGGAGGCUCGCAGCAGCCGAAGCCGCCGUCAGCUCCUUUGCAAUACAGGCGGCCCAAAUUCCUGCGUGGAACUGUUUGCGCGGAGAAGUUGCCUGGGAAGCGACCCAUCUGCUGCCCCUCCCGGGACAGGCCUCUCCAGUGGAACACGGGCUAUGCCGAAACUGUCAAUGUAGAAAAAUCAGAAUUGAAUGAAGACCAAGCAACAUGUUGCCAGAUUUCUAUCAGGAAGAGACCAUUUGGGUGUGGCGAAGAGGAGGAUCAGGAAUGGCUAAUUUUGUGUUCUACUGAGUAUCUGACAGGCUAUUACUGGGCACUGUUUGAUGGCCAUGGUGGUUCAGAAGCUGCAAUUAUGGCCUCCAAUUACCUACACUGUUGCAUCAAGCAGAAACUAGAGGAUGUGAUAGAAGGCAUCACUGAAGAUAAUCCUCCGAUGCACCUCAGUGGGCAAUGCAUUUGCCAGAAUGAUCCACUGUUUGUGGAAGAAAAGAAAAUUCAUCAGGAAAAUGUGGUCAUUGGAGCUUUGGAGAGCGCCUUUCAGGAAUGUGAUAAAAUGAUAGGUCAAGAGAUUAAAGCAAGCAACCAAUCAGCAGGCUGCACUGCACUGGCUGCUCUUUAUCUGCAGGGAAGGCUCUAUGUAGCAAAUGCAGGUGACAGCAGGGUACUUCUUGUUCGAAAACGGAGCAUCGUUCCCUUGAGUACUGAAUGUACCCCUGAGACAGACAGGAAGAGAAUCCAGCACCUG